GAGCCGGGAGGAGGAAGGCGGCGGCAGCGGUUCCUUGUGCCCGCUCGGGCUGUCUAGCCCUCCGAGACCUCCGGCCCGCGGAGCCUCUUCCACCCGGGCAGCCCCGGGCCCCUGCCCUAUGUCCCGCAAGGCAAGCGAGAAUGUGGAGUACACGCUGCGGAGCCUGAGCAGCCUCAUGGGUGAGCGGCGCAGGAAGCAGCAGGAGCCGGACGCGGCGAGCACGGCUGGGGAGCGCAGCCUCCUGGCGGCCGCCGAGUCCAGCGCCAGCCUGCAGGGCUCGGGCGGCGGCGGCGUCGGGGACCUGGAGCGUGCGGCGCGGAGGCAGUUCCAGCAGGACGAGACCCCCGCCUUCGUGUACGUGGUGGCGGUCUUCUCCGCGCUGGGCGGCUUCCUGUUCGGCUAUGACACCGGGGUGGUGUCGGGGGCCAUGCUGCUGCUCAAGCGGCAGCUCAGCCUGGACGCGCUGUGGCAGGAGCUGCUCGUGUCCAGCACGGUGGGGGCGGCCGCAGUCUCGGCGCUGGCUGGCGGGGCCCUCAACGGCGUCUUCGGCCGCCGCGCCGCCAUCCUGCUGGCCAGUGCCCUCUUCACCGCCGGCUCCACGGUGCUGGCUGCGGCGAACAACAAGGAGACGCUGCUCGCCGGCCGCCUGGUUGUAGGGCUCGGCAUCGGCAUUGCUUCUAUGACAGUGCCAGUGUACAUCGCUGAGGUCUCACCCCCCAAUUUAAGAGGUCGAUUAGUCACCAUUAAUACCCUCUUCAUCACGGGAGGGCAGUUCUUUGCAAGUGUUGUUGAUGGAGCCUUCAGUUAUCUCCAGAAAGAUGGAUGGAGGUACAUGCUGGGACUUGCAGCAAUUCCAGCAGUCAUACAGUUUUUUGGCUUUCUCUUUUUACCUGAAAGCCCUCGAUGGCUUAUUCAGAAAGGACAGACUCAAAAGGCCCGUAGAAUUUUAUCUCAGAUGCGUGGUAACCAGACCAUUGAUGAGGAGUAUGAUAGCAUCAAAAACAACAUUGAAGAAGAGGAAAAAGAGGUUGGCUCAGCUGGACCUGUGAUCUGCAGAAUGCUGAGUUAUCCCCCAACUCGCCGAGCUUUAAUUGUGGGUUGUGGCCUACAAAUGUUCCAACAGCUCUCAGGCAUUAACACCAUCAUGUACUACAGUGCAACCAUUCUGCAGAUGUCUGGUGUUGAAGAUGACAGACUUGCAAUAUGGCUGGCUUCAGUUACAGCCUUCACAAAUUUCAUUUUCACACUUGUGGGUGUCUGGCUUGUUGAGAAAGUGGGUCGCAGAAAGCUUACGUUUGGUAGUUUAACAGGUACCACCGUAGCACUCAUUAUUCUUGCUUUGGGAUUUCUGCUAUCAGCCCAGGUUUCUCCACCCAUCACUUUUCAUCCAAUACCUCCUUUAGAUCAGAACACUUCUUGCACAAGAUACAGUUACUGUAAUGAAUGUAUGUUGGAUCCAGACUGCGGUUUCUGCUAUAAGAUGAAUAAAUCAGCCGUCAGUGACUCCUCCUGUGUUCCAGUGAAUAAAGCAUCUACAAACGAGGCAGCCUGGGGCAGGUGUGAAAAUGAAACCAAAUUCAAAACAGAAGAAGUAUUUUGGGCUUACAAUUUCUGCCCUACUCCAUACUCCUGGACUGCACUUCUGGGCCUUAUUUUAUAUCUUGUUUUCUUCGCACCUGGAAUGGGACCAAUGCCUUGGACUGUGAAUUCUGAAAUAUAUCCCCUUUGGGCAAGAAGUACAGGAAAUGCAUGUUCAUCUGGGAUAAAUUGGAUUUUCAAUGUUCUGGUUUCAUUGACAUUUUUACACACAGCGGAGUAUCUUACAUACUAUGGAGCCUUCUUCCUCUAUGCUGGAUUCGCUGCUGUGGGUCUCCUUUUCAUCUAUGGCUGUCUUCCUGAGACCAAAGGGAAAAAAUUAGAGGAAAUUGAAUCACUCUUUGACAACAGGCUAUGUACAUGUGGUGCUUCAGAUUCUGAUGAAGGGAGAUAUAUUGAAUAUAUUCGGGUGAAGGGAAGUAACUAUCAUCUUUCUGACAAUGACGCUUCUGAUGUGGAAUAAUUGUCAGCUGCUGAUAUAUUUAGUCAUUUAAACAAACUUGGGAGAGAAGAACAGCAAUUGGUGACCUCACUGCCCUGCUUUUAAUCUGGUUCUUUCCACAGUCUAGUUUUGAAUUUCAUAUUCUAGAAUAUUUGAUUCCAAGGAAGAUACAAUCACAAUGACAUUUUUUUUCACAAGCAGAGA